AUGUCUGAGACCGCGCCGCCCGUGCCGGCCACCUCCACUCCCCCCGAGAAGCCUGCGGCUGGCAAGAAAGCCAAGAGGCCGGCCAAGGCUGCGGCUGCCGCCAAAAAGAAGCCCGCGGGCCCCUCCGUGUCGGAGCUGAUCGUGCAGGCGGUGUCCUCUUCCAAGGAGCGCAGCGGCGUGUCCCUGGCCGCGCUCAAGAAGGCGCUCGCGGCCGCCGGCUACGACGUGGAGAAGAACAACAGCCGCAUCAAGCUGGGCCUCAAGAGCCUGGUGAGCAAGGGCACCCUGGUGCAGACCAAGGGCACCGGCGCCUCGGGCUCCUUCAAGCUCAACAAGAAGGCGGCCUCCGGGGAAGCUAAGGCCAACCCCACGAAGGUGGCGAAGGCCAAGGUGACGGGCGCUUCCAAGAAACCUAAAAAGGUCACGGCGGCUGUUAAAAAAGCCGUUAAGACUCCGAAAAAGGCCAAAAAGCCGGCUGUGGCCAAGAAGUCGUCCAAGAAGCCCAAGGUUGUGAAGCCUAAGAAAGUAGCCAAGAGCCCUGCCAAAGCCAAGGCUGUUAAGCCCAAGGCGGCCAAGGCGAAGGUGACCAAGCCAAAGACGGCUGCCAAGCCCAAAAAGGCUGCGCCCAAGAAAAAGUAA